GAGUGCCGUGGCUUCACACAGCUCACAGCAACCUCCAACUCCUGGGCUUAAGCGAUUCUCUUGCCUCAGCCUCCCGAGCAGCUGGGACUACAGGCGCCCGCCACAACGCCCGGCUAUUUUUUGGUUGCAGUUUGGCCAGGGCCGGGUUCAAACCCGCCACCCUUGGCAUAUGGGGCCGGCGCCUUACCGGCUGAGCCACAGGCGCCGCCCGAUUUUCAAGGUUUUAAUGGAACCUUUUCGCUGGGAACACUUCCUUUUUUUUGGCUGAACAGAAGAAGCCUGAGCAGAGAAGCCGGCCAUUACAGCAGCAGGAAUUUGGGUCGAGGCUGUAAGGGGGAGGCUAACAGCCUGGGUGACUCGAACUUCGGCGCCUUGGCCCCGCCCCUGGCCCCUUCGGGCCGUGACAGGCCCCGCCCCUGGCUACGCCAUCAGCUAGCGCCGUGGCGCCGGGUGUUACUCGGCCCAGCCGGCGAGGCUGACGGCCUCUCUUUCCUACUGCAUUCUCCGGCUAUGAUCCCUACCGGUGGUUCGUAAGUUUGUCUCUCACUCUCCAAGGCGGCCCUGGUCCUAAUGGCAGCGGCGGCAGCGGCGGCGGCUCUGGCAGCGGCAGACCCUUCUUCCACUAUGCCGCAGGCGGCAGGGGCCGGAGGGUCCACAACCCGCCGAGACUUCUACUGGCUGCGUUCCUUUCUGGCCGGAGGUAUUGCUGGAUGCUGUGCCAAAACAACAGUUGCCCCAUUGGAUCGAGUAAAGGUUUUAUUACAAGCUCACAAUCACCAUUAUAAGCAUUUAGGAGUAUUUUCUGCAUUGCGUGCUGUUCCCCAAAAGGAAGGAUUCCUUGGAUUGUAUAAAGGAAAUGGUGCAAUGAUGAUUCGAAUCUUUCCCUAUGGUGCGAUCCAGUUUAUGGCAUUUGAACAUUACAAAACGUUAAUUACUACAAAGCUGGGAGUUUCGAGUCAUGUGCACAGAUUAAUGGCUGGAUCCAUGGCAGGUAUGACAGCAGUUAUCUGUACUUACCCUCUUGACAUGGUUAGAGUUCGCCUAGCAUUCCAGGUGAAAGGGGAACACACCUAUACAGGAAUUAUUCAUGCAUUCAAAACAAUUUAUGCAAAGGAAGGUGGUUUCCUUGGAUUUUACAGAGGCCUGAUGCCUACUAUAUUAGGAAUGGCUCCAUAUGCAGGUGUUUCAUUUUUUACUUUUGGUACCUUAAAGAGUGUUGGGCUUUCCCAUGCUCCUACCCUUCUUGGCAGACCUUCAUCAGACAAUCCUAAUGUUUUAGUUUUGAAAACUCACAUAAACUUACUUUGUGGUGGUGUUGCUGGAGCAGUAGCACAGACAAUAUCCUAUCCAUUUGAUGUAACUCGUCGGCGAAUGCAAUUAGGAACUUCUCUGCCAGAAUUCGAAAAGUGCCUUACCAUGCGGGAUACUAUGAAGUAUGUCUAUGGACAGCAUGGAAUUCGAAAAGGAUUAUAUCGUGGUUUAUCUCUUAAUUACAUUCGUUGCAUCCCCUCUCAAGCAGUGGCUUUUACGACAUACGAACUUAUGAAGCAGUUUUUUCACCUCAACUAAAAAAUAAUAAAUCAUGAUUUGUCUUCCUUAAUAAACUCUGAGAGGGAGAAAUAAAAUGUGGGGCAAACAUUACUUGAAGCAGGAUAUUUAUCCUGUCACAGGAACCACUGGUAUUUUAGUACUUGAUUUUUUUUUCUUUAUUACUUACAAAUCAAAGUGCUUACCAUUCUUUUUGAUGCCAAACAUUAUACCUUAGAACACUGAAAAAAUAUUCCUAAGCUGAUGCUUGCUAAGUAAUUGGGUUAUUUGAAACCAUUUUUGAGUUUUAUUUGGAAGAACUGACUUCAAAAUGGUGUUCAAGAGGUUGCCAUUAGCUUUAUCGUGCUCUUCCUAGAUUUUAAUUGUAAUCAUGAUUUUUAUUUUUUGCAGUUUUUGGCCGGGGCUGGGUUUGAACCUGCUACCUCUGGCAUAUGGGGCCAGGCGCCCUACCCCUUUGAGUCACAGGUGCUGCCUAUAAUCAUGAUUUUUAAAAGAGUCUAGCAUUGUUUAUUAUUAUUAAAAUAAGCAUGCUUGGUUAUAUUGCAGAAUGAUGAGAACUGAAUUUUUAAGUUCUAUAAAACAGCCAGGAUUGAAGUAUUAUUAUCUCUCUUAUAACUCUGCUCCACUACAUAAAAGGACACUUUUCCUUUUAUUUUUUAAAAUGAAAUUAAUGUUAUAUUUAGAAAUUAACCAUGGAGAGACUCAAAGAAUGAAGAGAGACUGGAUGCAAUGGCAUGUGCCUGUAGUAUCAGCUACUCAGGAGGCUGAGGCAGGAGGAACUCUUGAGCCCAGGAGUUUGAGGCCAGCAUGGCCAACAUAGUGAGACUUCCUCUCUAAAAUGAAUGAAGGAAAGGUUGAAGGAUGGAUCAGGCUUUGCUCAAAUGUUCUUAUCAGGUACUAUUUGUGAUUUACAAGUGUUUUUAGAAGUCCAGGUAUUUUCCAAAAGCAGUAACAAUAAAUAGUAAAUAUCUUUGCUCUUAAAAACAAAGUAGCACUAGGGUGGUGCCUGUGGCUCAGUGGGCAGGGCGCCGGCCUCAUAUACUGAGAGUGGCGGGUUCAAACCUGGCCCCAGCCAAACUGCAACAAAAAAAUAGCCAGGUGUUGUGGCCAGCACCUGUAGUCCCAGCUACUCUGGAGGCUGAGGCAAGAGAAUCACCUAAGCCCAGGAGUUGGAGGUUGCUGUGAGCUGUGUGACGCCAGGACACUCUACCAAGGGCUAUGAAGUGAGGCUCUGUCUCUACCAAAAAAAAACAAAACAAAGUAGCACUAUAGAUUUGAUUUUGUUAGAUGAUCGGUUUAUAUUAGGAAAUUUAUUUAAGUGGACUGUGAAAUAUCCAUUAAUGUACAUAUGAAUAUCAAAGAAUGUUUCUAAGAUAUUAUAUUGUGAUAUAUCAACUAGUUCUUCCAUGUAAAAUUUUAGUGCAAUAUAAACAAGUAGAAAUGUAAAACAUGAUUUGAGUUGUUAUCAUUUAAAGAAAGUGGUGAAAUGUAAGAAUUCCAUUCAUUGUGUUUGGAGCAGUGUUAUGUUUUAUUAUAAGCAUGACAGAAGUGGGAAGUUAACAAUUAAAGUUCUGUCUUCAAAAAAUAGUAAUUUGUAAAAUUGAUGUGAUUUAGGACAUUUGAAAACUAAGUCAAAAGUGUUAUUUUUGCUUUAAUUUUAAUUUUUUUGCAUAAAAGAUUUUUUGUCAUACCUUGGUAAAAAUUUGAUGAACUGGUUUCAUUUUGAAAGUCGUUAUUUUAAAAGUAUAUAUGUAUCUUUGUAUGAUCUAUAAGUGUACCAGCAAGUAGAAAUACAUGUGUUUGUUUUUUUUUUAAAUUAAAUCAUAGCUGUGUACAUUGAUAUGAUCAUGGGGCAUCAUUCACUAGCUUCACAGACCGUUUACCAAGUUUCACAUAUACCCUUGUAAGAUGCACCGCUGGUGUAAUCCCACCAAUCCCCUUCCCUCUACCUACCUCCACCCUCCCUCCCCUCCCUUUCCCCCUUCCCCCUAUUCUGUGUUUUUAAAACUAUUUUGUAUGUUUUCAUUUCUGGGUCACACUAUAGCUAACUAUUGUUAUUAAAUCAUGAGAUAAUUUAAAUGUGUAAAAUAAGUAUCUCAUUUAUGUUAUCAAUAAAAGGGGACUGCAAAUGUUUCUAAAUAAAAAUUUGCAUUCUAUAGAAUACACAGGAUAUUAAAAAUAAAUUUUUCCAUGUUUUAGUAGUUUCUUUUUUUAGUUGUUUACAUUAUUGAAAUGUAAGAAUUCAGAUGGAAGAAUACUUAAAAUAAUGACCUGGCUUGGCACCCAUAGCACAGUGGUUACAGCGCCAGCCACAUAUACUGAGGGUGGUGGGUUCGAACCUAGCUGGGC